AUGGAGGAGAGGGUGAGUCUGUUACAAUUCAAGGCAUAUGCCAAAUCAUCUUGCCCAGACAAUGCAGACCAUGUUCUCCCUUCAUGGGUUGAGGAUGAUCCCGAGAGCGACUGUUGCCUGUGGGAGGGAGUCACAUGUGCCAACCACACUGGUCACGUAAUUGAGCUCUUGCUUGUCGAUAUUGUUGGCACGUCAGACUGUGGAGACAAUAAACUAUCUCUGCUUAACAUAUCUAUAUUCCAGCCAUUUAAGGAGCUAAAGGUUCUUAAUUUAUCUAACAAUUGGAUUAAUGGCUGGAUUAAUGAGGAGGAAGGAGCUCCCUAUGGUUCUUCACCCACCUCACGUCUCUUAAGCAUCUUAAUCUUGCUGGAAAUUGGAUGGGAGGAUCCUUUCCUGUCCAAGAGUCAUCAGUUUCUGAAAAUUUGGAGACGUUGGACAAAAUAUUUGAUGUUAGGACUUGAUUUGUCAUGCAACAAUCUAGGGGGACAAAUUCCUUCGGCAUUGGGAAAUCUAUUCUCAAUCCACUCGCUGAACUUAUCUCACAACGGGUUGGUGGGAUCCAUCCCAACUUCUUUCUCAAACCUUACAAACUUAGAAAGUUUGGACCUUUCCUUUAACCAUUUGAGUGGGCAAAUCCCUGCGGAGCUUACCAACCUGAUGUUUUUAGAAGUCUUCAAUGUGACAGGCAACAAUUUAUCUGGCAAAAUUCCAGAUACGAAGCAAUUCCCAACAUUUGAAGAGAGUAGUCAUAAAGAAAAUCCAUUGCUUUGUGGACUGCCAUUAAACAAAAAUUGCACUGAGACACCACACUCGUCAAUGGUUUCUUUAGAUGAAACUGAUGGGAAAUGGUUUGAAGUUGAUUCUACCGUCUUCUAUGCAACUUUUGUUGUGACAUAUAUCAUGCUUUUGCAAGGGUUCGUGUCUGUUCUCUCUAUCAACCCUCGCUGGCGAAGGAGAUGGUUCCUUUUUGUUGAGCAUUGUGUGUAUUCUAGCUAUUAUUUUGCUUAUGACACUCUUCGAAAAUUGUCAACCAAAUUCUGGAAUUAG